AUGGGAAAUGCGUCCAACGCCUCAGUGUUCAUCUCCACCUUAUCAGAGAGAGAAGACCUGAUUUUUGGCACACUCUAUUUAGUCUUUGGCAUUGUGUCACUCUCUGGAAAUUCGCUGCUCCUGCUGGUGGCUUAUCGGAAGAGGUCCAUGCUGAAGCCUGCUGAAUUCUUCAUUGUGAACCUGGCCAUCAGUGACCUGAGCAUGACGGUGACCCUGUUCCCUUUGGCCACGUCAUCCUUCUUUGCACACAGGUGGCUCUUUAACCACGCGGUGUGCACCAUCUAUGCCUUCUGCGGGGUGUUGUUUGGCCUCUGCAGCCUCACCAGCCUGACAGUGCUCAGCGCAGUUUGCUGCCUGAAGGUCUGUUACCCAGCAUAUGGCAACAAGUUCUCUCCCUCGCACGCCGGCGUCCUGCUGCUGUGCGUCUGGGCCUACGCGCUCGCGUUUGCCGCUGCUCCGCUGGCCGAGUGGGGCAGCUAUGGGCCGGAGCCCUACGGGACCGCCUGCUGCAUCACGUGGAAGGCCUCCAGCAGAGAGGCCGUGCUUUACAUCCUGACCCUCUUCAUCUUCUGCUACCUCCUCCCCUGCCUCCUCAUCCUCGUCUCCUACUCGCUGAUCCUGUGGACAGUGAAGGGCUCCCGCAGAGCCGUGCGGCAGCACGUGUCCCCCCAGAGCAAGGCCGGCGGCGUGCACAGCCUCGUCGUGAAGCUGAGCAUUGCUGUGUGCCUGGGGUUUCUGGCUGCCUGGACCCCUUAUGCCAUCGUUGCCCUUUGGGCAGUCUUCGGAGAUGCCAGCCAGGUGCCAGCUCUGGCCUUUGUGCUGUCGGCUGUCUUUGCCAAGUCCUCGACACUCUACAACCCCCUGGUGUAUCUGCUGUUCAAGCCCAACUUCCAGAAGUUCCUUUCCAAAGACAUCCUGCUCCUCCAGACCAUCCGCACCAUCCUCUGCUGCAGGUGCCCAAGCGUCUCACUGCAGUCCAGAGAUGGCAGGACGUGCUUCUCUCCAGGCCUCGGCGACCACCAUGGGGCCUGCAGAAACUGCCACGACACUUUUGAAUGUUUCAGUAACUACCCCAAGUGCUACAAACUCUCCCAGACCCCUGACACUUCAUCUAGGCCCGUUCCCCUGGCUAUCCUAAGUGAUGGGUCUGCUUGCCAGCCUGGCCUGAAGAGGACUGUGCAGGUCAUGGUGCUCGUUACGAGGAAAAGGUCAGGCCUGGGUGCUGCAAAUGUAGCAGGUGAAGUGCUGCCUUCAGAGAUCAUGAAAGACCUUCUCUGA